CUCAAGAGUGAAGGUUGACUUCGCAAUGUAUGCUAUAAAACUUUCACAGGCUCUGUUUCUUUUCGCAUUUUUUAUGAAAGCAUAUUCGCAGUACCUAAAUUUUCUGAAAGUAACCUCUAACGUCAAGGAAGAUGUUGGAACAACUAAAAUUGGAAUCCAAAAUAUAAAUAAAACUAGUGCCGUUACUGCUUCGAUAAACGUUUCUGGAACUGCCACUCAAGGAUCUGAUCAAUAUCUUGGUCCCCUCUGGUAAUACUACAUAUAUCUCGAUAACAGUCAUAAAUGAUGAUAUUAAAGAAGGGAAUGAGACAAUUGUUCUCACUUUAACCAACGGCAGGGGAAAAAAUGAAGUGCACACCGUGACGAUUAUAGACAAUGAUCAAGCACUAGAGUUCGUCACAACAUCCUCUAGAGUGAAUGAAAGCGAUGGGUUUGCUACAGUACAAAUCAGAAAUGCAAAUGCAGCGACAAAAAGAGCUGAGAUAGUAACUUCUGGUAAUGCCACUUAUCUAUCUGAUUAUAAGUAUAUUGGCGGAACCAAUGUAACAAUUGCUGGAAAUUCUGAUAGAGACAUUGUUAUACAAAUCCUUGACAAUAGCAUUGUUAACAAGGUAAAGACAGUGAAGCUGCAGCUACUGAACUCUGGUGGGGUUAAACCAGUACACACCUUGUUUAUUGAAAAUGAUGAUGUGGCCAUUACUUGCUCAGGGGCCAGAGCCAAAGAAAACAAAAAUUUUUUAAUAAUGGAAAUAAAACGGACUGGAGAAAUUGAUGGCGUUAGCAACACUUUGACAUGUUUUACUAGUCCUAGUGGAAGUGCAGAGCAAAAUAUUGACUACGUGUAUACUUCUAAGCAAAUCAGUUUCCCUAAAGGAUCGUCAUCUGAGAACUUCACAGUACCAAUCAAAAGUAAUGAGAAGAAUUUCAAUGACUUACACUUCACUAUCAAUUGCUACACCACUAACACGGAACAUAUCGACUCAUCUUCGUGCAAACAAGUUCAAGCUGUCAUAGAAGACUCGUCUGAGGGCUUUGGAUUUUGUAGCGAUUCUCCUAUGUCAGUCAAGGAAAAUGCUGGGAAUUACACAGCCAAGAUUUGCCGUAAGGGCUUCGAAAAUAGAACGUCAACGUUUGAGGUAUGCGUUGCAAAGGAAAAUAUGACUUAUUUUGAAAAAUUCCACAAAUCAAUAGCAGAUAAGUGCGAAAAGGUUACCUUUCAACCUUCAGACCUUCAAAAAAACGUCACUUUUCUGGUCAAAGACGAUCCUUGGGGCGAGCAAGAGGUAUCGACCUUUGAGGUUUCUUUAAAACUCGGAAUGGGAUUACCUUCCUUUGGAGAAAGAGUACGUAAUGUUUCUCUGAUUGAUGACGAUAGUAAGUAAAAUAAACGGAAAAUAAACAGUAAGUUUAUGUGUGA